AUGAAUUUGGCGCUAAGAGCGGUUGGAUGCUACACGUGGAGUUUACGUAUUAUUGUUGGUUAUGAUUUAAUAGCUUCAGGUUUAAUACGUUGUUAUUUAUUGUCAGAAUGGUAUUUGCAAAUGGACAAUAAUCAAACAGCUGAGAAACCGAAAAACACAAAUCUUGUCUGCAAUGAGAAUAUCGCCCAUCGGAAAUCGCCUGAACUUUUUCCGGAGAAUGUGCCCGGUGCUUGGGAUAUGAAUAGAACGUUAACUGUAGCUGCUGGUGAUUUUAAGCCAAGUCGUUUUCGGACUGAAUUAGAUACACAAGAUGUACGCCUUGUUAACGAGCUCGGACAGUUUAGUGCCGAUCAGUUAAUGGAAUAUAUAAGAAAUUUGCAGAAUUCCGCCUAUACAUUAGGGAUUGAAGAAGCUAAGCAAUUUUCAAAGGGAAAGUUUUUGCGAAUAUUCGAGAAGCGAUCAGAGGGAUCGAGAUGA